UUAAAACUGUUUCGUGCAACAGGGCAUGGUAUAUUUCUUGGGGGAUUGGGGCAUGGGAGAUUCUGACUUGUCGUCAUAUCAGCAGCAUGUUCCAAAUAUACAGCGGCAAGAGCAGCAGCAGCAGCAGCAACAACAACAGCAGCAGCAGCAGCAACAGCAACAACAACAGCAGCAGCAGCUGGUUACACAAAUCUCAACUGGCUUAGGUCUGUUGCAGUCGCAGUUGCAAUUUGGCAGCGGUUCCAACUUUCUACAACAACAGCAGCAAUCGCCCGCACAUACGUCGCAACAUCAGCAGCAUGUGGUUGCAGUUAGAAGUAACAACAGCAGCAGCAACAGCAGUGGCAGUGGCAGCAACAACAGCAGCAGCCUCGUAACUGCCAAUCUAAAGCAGCUAACGGUCAGCAGUGGCAACAAUAACAGCAGCAGCAGCACCAGUGGCAACUCACAGCAGCAGCAGCAGCAAUUGUUAGCAGCAACCAGUGAUAGUUGCAACAAGGCAACAGUAUCAACAUUGCCGUCGCCAUUGCCGCCGCUGCAGCAACAGCUUAGCAAGGAUCUCUUGGACAAUGAGGAUGAGGUUGCACUGCAUCCACUUUCCAACCAGGUUGGCGGACAUACACGUCUAUUGCUGCUCAAUCAGUCGACGGUGAUCAAGCCGCUGAAUUUGCGUGAAUUGGACUUUUAUCAGAACAUUCCGCAGGACAUACUGAAGUUUGUGCCCAAGUAUAAAGGCGUUAUGCAAGCCACCACCAUGGGCAACGUCAAGCUGGAUAAACGCUACUCGCCAAGCUUUAGGGAUGAUGCUGCCGCGGUGCCAGUGAGAAAGAUGAGCGCCUCCAAGCGCAAGCGUGAUGAUGUGCUGAGAAUGAAGGUGCAUAAGAAUGGAAAUGCGGCCGAUGUUAUCAAGAGCAUUUCGCAACUUGACAACUCCAAUAAGCAAUAUUUCCUAAUGCUGGAGAACAUCACAUCUCAGUUUCGCAAUCCCUGCAUAUUGGACUUGAAGAUGGGCACACGUCAGCAUGGCGACGAUGCGUCGGCGGAGAAGCGCUCCAAGCAGAUGGCCAAAUGCGCGGCCAGCACCUCGGCCUCGCUGGGCGUGCGGCUCUGCGGCAUGCAAACCUAUCUGGCGGAUCUGGAGCAGUACGCCAAGCGUGACAAGUACUGGGGUCGUGAGCUCAACGAAUCGGGCUUCAAGACAGCGCUGCAUGAUUUCUUCUACAAUGGCUAUAGGCUGCGCAUACGCGUCAUACGCAAAAUACUGCAGCGUCUGCUGCAGCUACGCAGAGUCAUAGAGAAGCAGUCCAGCUACAGAUUCUACUCCUGCUCGUUGUUGAUCGUUUAUGAGGGCUUUGAGGAAAAUCCCAUGGCCCAGCCGCCUGCCAUGGACUUUGAUGAUUGGCUGCAGGCGCCCAGAUCGGCCACCUUGCAGCCUAGCGGCGCCUUUGACUAUCAUCCGGAGAACAGCAUUGAUGAGGAUGACAUAGACGAUGAUGAGGCGGGACAUGAGGCUGGCGAUGAGCUGGAGCCGCAUGACGCUGAUGAGGAUUUGCAUUUGGUGGCUGCGGACAGUGGCAAUGCCUCGGCUACCAACAGCAGCACUGGCGCGGAUGGCUGCAACUAUGAUGCGGAUGCCUCCAAUGACUCAAACUCACGAUUGAAUUUGGCGACGCGUCGUCAUCUGCAUAAGCGCGGCUUUGCCGAUGCGGCAGCGCGUGGUGUUAAGCAAACCGCUGCGCAUUCCACCACCACCACAGACGAGGAGGAGGAAGAGGAGGAGGAGGAGGAAGAGCAACCAAGUUUGGCUGCUAUGCCGCCGCCGCGCAGCUGCGGCGUGCUGGCCGCCAAGACAGCGUCUGGGGCCAAGUGCAAUGCCAGCGGCGCCUGCGGCACACCUGCAUUCAUUCCAAUUUCCGAAGAGACAGUAUUUCUUGAUCCAGAGCCAACGCUACCCAGCGUUACAACCUCAUCGCCACAUUCCGGUGAUUCAUGGAUGAACUACAGCAGCAACAGCAGCGAUGAUUUUUCGGGCUUAUCCGAACAGAUCAAGGCAGUGGCCAGCGGACGACAGACAGGCAACAACAGCUCCGACGAUGGCAGCUCCGACUAUGAAGGCAGCAUUAUUGGACCCACAGAGGCCAUGUUCAAGCGCUACAAGUCGCAACAGUCGUUUGAUGCCAAUGCUAGCAGCCUGGAGCUCACCUCGCCGCCCACCUUGAAAUCUAUUGUCUCGCCUGCCUCCUCCAGCGCCUCCUCGCUCAAGUCAGUCAAGGGUGCAGUCAAGCGCCUGCGCUGCAAGGACGAUGAUGAGCAUUAUGCCGCACACGACGAUCAACGUGAGGCCAAAAAAUCCACCAUCACAUCCACACCCGUCUCAGCGGCUUCAUCGCCCUCAAAAACACGCAACGUGUGCGCCGUGCAGCGCAGCUGCGAGAAUAUAUCCAAUUCACUGCUUGCCAACAUUUUGCUGGAUUCACUGGAGCGUCGUGCCAGCGCCGAAAGCGCCGACAACAACAAUUGUGCCGAGACAAAGCCAGCAAUAGCCACACCAACAGCAGCAUCUGCUCGCAGUUCGGCACUAUUGCAGGGCUCCAAGUCAUUGGACAUGUCAGCACCAGCCACAGACGACUCGGCCUGCUUUGUGGAUGUGCGGCUAAUUGAUUUUGCACACACGGCAUUUGUGCCACGCAAUGGCACCAUGCUGCCCACUUCAACAGCACCCGUGCAUCACGGACCUGACGGUGGCUUUCUCACCGGCCUGGAUAGUCUUAAUCGCCUGCUGAAUGAAAUACUGGCUGAGGAUUACGUCUAGACGCCUAGGCAAUGCCCACGCAGCGGACUGCGUGCUGGUUAUAGAGUGGCACAUAAGUUAAAAGUACAAUUUGAUUUCAAAAUACCUAAAUUGUUGUAGCAACAUAUGUAUGUUAAAUUAUGAAAAUCUAAUCUUUAGAAAUUCGAAAUGUGAUUCAGAAAAAAAAAAACAAACAAGAGAAAAACCAACUAAACACGACAAAAAGCAUUAUUUAGCCAACAAAAUUCCAAAUGUUUCUUAACUCUCAACAACAACAGAUAUGUAGAAAAUUUUUGGUGAGAAAAAACUGUAAAAAAA